CUCGCCUCGGCAGAGCUGACUGCGCGCGGGGCGCCACAAGGCACGUGGCACGCGCUGCGGCUGCUUCUGGGCUCGGUGGAGGAGGCGAGAUACAGCCGAGAUACAGCCGAGAUACAGCCGAGAUACAGCCGAGAUACAGCCGAGAUCUGGCACGCGCUGCGGCUGCUUCUGGGCUCGGUGGAGGACGCGGCCCAGCGCCGCUCGCCCCGGCUGCGCGCGUGGAGUUUCCUGCGGAGCGUGCCCCGAACUUGCCCGCAGGUGUCCGGCGACCUCGCCCGGCUGCGCGGCGCCGUCUCGCUCGAGACGGAGGCGCGCUGCUGGGCGGCGCUCCGCUCGUACUGCAAGGCGGCGCGCGCGGCGAUGGGGGGCGCGCGCAAGGCGGACCUCGCCGAGGCGCGUUCCACCGCUUGCCCGCCGCGGCGCGCGCUAGCGCUGCAGCUACGCGCGGAGAAGAAGCGGCUCCUCUCCGAGCUCGAGGCGGCGCUCGUGGCAGUCGAGAGCCGCUCGCGCAAGGCGGGCAAGCCGCUGUCGACUGUGGCGAUGCCUUGAGGCAGCGGCUGCCAGGCGGAGUCGUACGACGAUCUCUUCUAGCGUCCAGUGCAGGUAAUACCCGAAAGGAUACCUCGGAAAAUCCGGCAAAUGCCAACCCGGUAAACUCCGAAAUAUCCUGUGUUGUGCGACGGUGUAUCAGUCGCCUUAUGUGCCACAAUUGCAUAUCCGCAAUCCGACACGCGGGAUAUUGCAACGGUGGCAUUUAAGGCGACUG